UAGUGGCGCUAAAUCUUUUAAUUCUGCCAGUGUAUGUUCACAUAUUUAAGAAGAGAUACAUUCUCAUUGGAUCUGAAUAACAUUCAAUAAAAUCAAGAAACUUUGAAUAACCGACGUGCAUCAAAAGCCAAGCACGGAUCAAUAGACACAUCUAGUGUGAAAGAAUUAUCACGUAAAAUAUGAAAUACAUCUUAGUAACUGGUGGUGUAAUAAGUGGAGUCGGUAAAGGUGUUAUUGCGAGUUCCUGUGGUACUAUGCUUAAACACUGCGGUAUUCGGGUAACGUCUAUUAAGAUAGAUCCUUAUAUAAAUAUAGAUGCUGGAACUUUCUCCCCGUAUGAACAUGGAGAAGUAUACGUUUUGGAUGAUGGUGGAGAAGUAGAUCUUGAUCUAGGAAAUUAUGAACGUUUUCUAGAUGUUACUUUACAUAGAGACAACAAUAUCACUACAGGGAAAAUUUAUCAACAUGUGAUCUCAAAAGAAAGACAUGGUGAUUAUUUGGGAAAAACAGUUCAAGUGGUACCUCAUAUAACAGAGGCUAUCCAAGAAUGGGUUGAACGUGUUGCAAACCAGCCGGUAACAGAAAAUAGCGAUCAGCCUGAUGUAUGUAUUAUUGAAUUGGGUGGAACUAUAGGAGACAUUGAAGGAAUGCCAUUUGUAGAAGCUUUUAGACAAUUUCAGUUUAGGGUGAAAAAAGAAAACUUUUGCUGCGCUCAUGUAUCCCUAGUGCCACAACCAAGAUCAACAGGAGAACCAAAAACAAAACCAACUCAGUCCAGUGUGAGAGAAUUACGAGGUUUAGGAUUAUCACCUGACCUCAUAGUUUGUAGAUCAGAAAAGCCAAUAGAUGAUUCUGUGAAAGAAAAAAUUUCAAAUUUCUGUCACGUUGCUCCAGGACAGGUCAUAACUGUUCAUGAUUUAUCAUCGAUAUAUCGAGUACCUCUGUUAAUGGAAUCUCAAGGGGUCAUUGAAUUCUUAAAUGAAAGAUUACAAUUAAAUAUUGGAAUGCCACGACCAAGAUGUUUUAUGCGAAAAUGGAGAGAUUUAGCCGACCGUAUUGAUCACUUACGAAAGGAAGUGAAUAUUGCAUUAGUAGGAAAAUAUACGAAACUAGAAGAUUCCUAUGCAUCGGUUACAAAAGCAUUGCAACAUGCGUGUAUUCAAGCUGGUUAUAAACUUAAAUUAACGUAUAUAGAGGCUGAUAAUUUAGAACACACUAUGAAAACAACAGAUCCUGUAUUGUAUCACGAAGCUUGGCAACAACUUUGUAAAAGCAAUGGCGUUAUAGUACCAGGUGGUUUUGGCAAAAGAGGCAUGCAAGGAAAAAUGGAAGCAUGUAAAUGGUGUAGAAUAAAUGAUAAGCCGUAUUUAGGUAUUUGUUUGGGGUUACAAGUAGCGGUCAUUGAAUUUGCAAGAAACGUCUUGGGCAUUGAGGACGCCAAUAGCAUAGAAGUUGAUCCGCAAACUGAUCAUCCUCUUGUUAUAGACAUGCCAGAACAUAAUCCAGGUCACAUGGGUGGAACCAUGAGACUUGGAAAAAGACGUACUAUAUUUACAGACGAUAAUUCUAUUAUAAGACAAUUGUAUAAUAAUAAGGAGUAUAUAGAAGAAAGACACAGACACAGAUAUGAGAUUAAUCCAAAAUAUAUUGAUGCUUUAGAAGAAGCUGGCCUGAAGUUUGUAGGCCAUAAUGAGGACAAACAACGUAUGGAAAUAGCAGAAUUAAAAGAACAUAGUUACUAUAUUGCUACUCAAUUCCAUCCGGAAUAUUUAUCAAGACCAUUAAAACCUUCACCUCCAUUCUUAGGAUUAAUCUUAGCUAGUGUUGGAAAAUUAAAAUCCUACUUAGCCAGAGGUUGCCGAUUUUCACCCCAUGAUAUCAGCGACAAUGAAUCAGCAGAUAACGAUUGCCUAUAUGAUUCCGUGGCAAAACAAGUAACGAGUGCAACUACUAGUAGAAGUAGUAGCACUACGUCUGCCGUUACUGAUUAACUUUUAUCAUUCAUGUUACGAUAACAAUAUCUUUAAUGAUGAAAAUAUAUUUGUAUGUACAUGUGGUAGGCUGACAAACAAUUUUUAUUCUAAAAAAAAAAAGAUAC